AUGUGCUCAGUCUGGAAAAUCCACUAUACCAAGCAGCCGCAAUGUGGCUGCGUGGAUCGCGGCCUUCUUUCUUCCACGGUGCCGCCAUUUGCAGCUCGGUUUCGCUUCAUCUCUUUAGUACUUCGCUUGCUCUCUUUAGUACUUUGGGCCAAAGCACAUGGGCUUCAAAUAAAGUAUCGAGAUUCCUCUGCCAUGCAGAAACGGAUCGUUGCAAGCCCUUGUGGUCAACCGAAGUUGCCGGUUGAUAGCAAGAGUCUUUCGGGUAGUGCUGAUCAUUAUCUUGACGUCUGCCAAGUCAACUCAAAGUUGUCGUUCUUGCCUUUGUUUAUAGGUGUGGAGGGGCUCGGUGACAUUUCGCUGAGCAGUUCGGAGGUCCGAGCCAACUCUAUCGGGACAAAGUCCAUCCCGGUUAUGCCGCCUACUUCAAAUGUUGUGACUAAGCCCCACUGGCAUGGCCAUGGACUAAAAGCCGGACUUCUGACCCUUACCCAUGCUUCUUCCGGCGUCGAGACCGGCAAGGACAAGCAGCGGACUCCGCAUCUAGACCUUAUCAAUCGGCAUGAAAACGAGCUUUGGCUUUCGGUAAAUGAAGAUAUGGCUCGUAUGCGGCCCAUCAUGAGGGGCCUAACCUAUCUAAAGAUCCCUUGA